UUCAAGCUCCUCUACUUUUCAACCAGAUCACUAGCCCUUGACUCCUCUUAUCAAACUUGGGGAACUGCCACCCCACCAGUGACUCCACAGGCACCAGGGCAUGCAGCAGGGCGGGGACAGGAAGGCUCUCUUCCUCACCUCAAGCCUGCUGGGCUAACACUUGAGAUUUUUACUAGAGUUCACUUUGUAAUGUAUGUCUCUUGACUCUAGAAUUUCAAGAGAAGUUCCAUUUAGUGGUUUCUAAGUGGGAGUUCUGAGAUGGUUUCCCAGUGAGGUGAUAGAAGAUGUUUGAGCUUCAGAGUGCAGUUGCAAGGCUCUUCUCUGACCUGAACAAUGGCUGUAGCUGUGGACCAACAAAUCCAGACUCCUUCAGUACAAGAUCUCCAAACAGUUAAACUGGAAGAAGAUUCCCACUGGGAGCAGGAAAUUUCCCUUCAAGGGAAUUACUCUGGAGCGGAGACAUCCUGCCAGAGCUUUUGGCAUUUCCAUUACCAAGAAGCAUCAGGACCCCGAGAGGCCCUCCUCCAGCUCCGGAAGCUCUGUUGUCAGUGGCUAAGGCUAGAGAAGUGUACAAAAGAGCAGAUCCUGGAGUUGCUGGUCCUAGAACAGUUCCUGACUGUCCUUCCCCAGGAGAUCCAGGUCUGGUUCCCACAGCAGCAUCCAGAGAGUGGAGAGGAGGCAGUGGCCCUGGUGAAAGACUUGCAGAAAGAACCUGGAAGACAGAGGCUGGAGCCUCGGACGAGGCCGUUGGGCCGCACCUCUCCUGCUCAGCUGCCUUCGCCAUGGCCAAUGACAGCUGCGGGCCCGAGCCGAGCGAGUGAGACUGGCAGUACUGCGAGCUGUGGGGGAAGAUGGAGAACCUGCUGCUCUACAGCCGCCCUUCCUACCGCUGCAAGGAGCACCAGCCUCAGGACUGGAAGAAGUACAAGUUCGUGUGCCAGGGCAGCGAGGGUGUCCUCGGUCACGGAGGCAAAGCCUAGUUUGCUGACAUUAAACCCAACUUUGAUAGACUGCUGUUUUUCUGGUCUGACCGUCGCAACCCUCAUGAAGUACAACAAGGUACGCAAUAACUGGUAUUUUGAUGCACAUGAGAAAGCACGAGCUAAAGUAAAAUAUCUAACAGGUGAAAAAGGUGUGAGGGUUGAACUCAAACCUUCAGAUUCAGUCAGUAAAGACGUCUUAUAG